GGCCUCGGCUUCAACACGUGAGAGAGGAGCAAGAAGAGACAGAGCAGGACCCCUGACUCCUGGAGGAUACUAUUCAUGUGUGGAGCGACGGAGGCGUAGGAAGCCAGCACCAUGCCCUCGAUCAGCCUCCCGCCGAAGGAGAAUGCCCUCUUCAAGAGGAUUUUGAGAUGUUACGAGCACAAGCAGUACAGAAAUGGCCUGAAGUUCUGCAAACAGAUCCUGGGCAACCCAAAGUUUGCAGAGCAUGGAGAGACUCUGGCCAUGAAGGGUUUAACCCUCAACUGUCUUGGAAAAAAGGAGGAGGCCUACGAGCUGGUGAGACGAGGCCUGCGCAAUGACCUGAAGAGUCACGUCUGCUGGCAUGUGUACGGCCUGCUACAACGCUCGGACAAAAAGUACGAUGAGGCCAUCAAGUGUUACCGCAACGCUCUGAAGUGGGACAAGGACAACCUGCAGAUCCUGCGAGACCUCUCCCUGCUGCAGAUCCAGAUGAGAGACCUAGAGGGAUACAGGGAGACUCGGUACCAGCUGCUGCAGCUCCGUCCUGCCCAGCGCGCCUCCUGGAUUGGAUAUGCUGUGGCCUAUCACCUGUUAGAGGACUUUGAGAUGGCUGCCAAGAUCGUGGAGGAAUUCCGCAAAACACAACAGACCUCUCCAGACAAGGUGGACUAUGAGUACAGUGAGCUGUUGCUGUAUCAGAACCAGGUUCUGAGGGAGGCUAGUCUCCACAAGGAGGCUCUUGAUCACCUCAACAACUAUGAAAAACAGAUCUGUGACAAACUGGCUGUGGAAGAGACAAGAGGAGAACUGCUGUUGAGGCUGGAUAGGCCGGAGGAGGCUUUAGAGGUCUACAGGAGACUCCAGGAGAGGAACCCUGAGAACUGGGCCUAUUACCAGGGCCUGGAAAAAGCCUUAAAGCCAGGCAGUAUAGAGGAGCGACAGAAGAUUUACGAGGAAUCGUGGGUAAAGUUUCCUAAAGGCCUGGUUCCACGAAGGCUGCCUCUUAGUUUCCUCACAGGGGAGAAGUUUUGUGAAUGUCUGGACAGCUACCUGAGGAUGAACUUCAGUAAAGGCUGCCCGCCCGUUUUCACUACCCUCAAAUCCCUCUACACUGACAAAGAAAAGGUUACACUCAUUGAGGAUUUAGUAGUUGGCUAUGAAAGCUGUCUAAAAAGCUGUCGGAUGUUUAGUAAAAAUGAUAAUGGGAAGGAAGAGCCCCCUACCACCCUGUUGUGGGUACAAUAUUUCCUGGCACAGCACUUUGACUUCAUCGGACAAUCCAGCCUUGCUCUGGAGUACAUCAAUACUGCCAUUGACAGCACACCCACACUCAUCGAGCUCUUCCUCAUAAAGGCCAAGAUCUACAAGCACGCAGGCAACGUAAAGGAAGCGGCUCGAUGGAUGGAUGAGGCUCAAGCACUGGACACAGCCGACCGCUUCAUUAACUCUAAGUGUGCAAAAUACAUGCUGAAAGCCAGCCUCAUCAAAGAAGCAGAGGAGAUGUGCUCUAAGUUCACACGGGAGGGGACCUCUGCAGUGGAGAACCUAAAUGAGAUGCAGUGCAUGUGGUUCCAGACUGAGUGUGCCUUGGCCUACAAGGCCAUGAACAAGUCUGGAGAGGCUCUGAAGAAGUGUCACGAGAUUGAGAGGCAUUUUGUGGAGAUCACAGACGACCAGUUUGACUUCCACACCUACUGCAUGAGGAAGAUGACGUUGCGUUCCUAUGUGGACCUGCUGAAGCUGGAGGACGUCCUGCGGCAGCAUCCCUUCUUCUACAAAGCUGCUCGAACAGCCAUCCAGAUCUACUUGGCCCUACAUGACAAGCCUCUGACUGACGACAACAAGGAGAGCCAGGCAGACAACGAGAACCUGACAGACAAGGAGCUGAAGAAGCUGAGAAACAAACAGCGACGAGCCCAGAAGAAGGCCCAGCUGGAGGAGGAGAAGAAGAUUGCUGAGAAGGAGAAGCAGCUGAAGAACCAGAAAAAGAAGAAGGAGGAUGAUGAUGAGGAGAUAGGUGGGCCGAAAGAGGAGCUAAUACCAGACAAACUGGCAAAGACGGAGAAUCCUCUGGAGGAGGCAGUGAAGUUCUUGAUCCCUCUGAAGAACUUAGUGCGCAACAAAAUUGAGACUCACCUCCUGGCCUUUGAGAUCUACUUCAGGAAAGAGAAGUAUCUGUUGAUGCUUCAGUCGAUAAAGGGAGCUGUAACCAUAGAACCUUCCAACCCGUGGCUGCACCAGUGUCUAGUGCGUUUCUUCAAAGGAGUGAAUGAGGGAGCGGACUUGGCCGAGGCGGUGAGGACGGUGUUGAAGCAGGAGAUCUCCAGAUUGUUUGGGGAGAACAACCCUCAGAGCUUCAACAAGAGCUAUCUGAGCCAACACUCCAACUCCAUCCCACACCGACUGGCUGCUGCUAAGAUGAUGGUCUACCUGGAGCCCUCCUCUGAUAAGAUGGCAUGUGAGAUUGCCACGGCCCUGGAUGAGUCAUUGUCUGGAAGAAGCUCCCAGGUCUGUACUGAGGUUCUGGAGGCUUUGCGUGGGGGGCAGCUGGGCGAGGGUCAGAAGAAGGCUGCUGAGACUUACCGAGCCGCCUGCCAUAAGAUCUACCCCUACAGCUUGGCUUUUAUGCCUCCUGGUUACCAAGACAACAGCACCACAGUCAGCGCCAAUGGCGACCUUUCGGCAGGAGAACACGAUGACAUGGUGAACGAAAUGUGAGGCCGCUCAAGAGGAAUGGAGGAGAAGAAAGAGGAGGUGUGAACACGCUGCCAGACGCCUUAGUCCGCCAACACACCACUUUCCCCAUCCCCACCCCCUCCAGCUCCUGGGCCUUGGCUGCUGAGACUCGCCCACCACACUGCACUGAUCCGGAUGGACUGAUCACCACAGGAGAGACAGACAAGGGAGCUGGCACAUGCAAGAAGGCAAUGCCCACUUAACUUUUUUUAAACAAUAAAAAAGGCCCUGUCCACUGUUUGUUCUGUAAUGGAGAGAAACAACAGAAACCUGAUAUGCAGAGACAACGAGGAUGGUAGGAGAAGUGGACAUUGGCUGGCUCCGAUGGCUUCUGUAAACACAGAUUAGGUUUUCUAUAACUGUGUUUUCAUGCCAUGUCUUUCUUGUAGGUGCAUCUGCUUCUCACGUUUUUAAAAGUAAUUUAUAUAUUACAAACUGACAAAUGGAUUAAUAAAGCAAUGUUUGCAAAACUUAA